UCUUGUUUUUCAAACAGCGACGAGGCUCUAGGGGAGGCUCUAGGGGAUGGCUCCGUGAGGCUUGGAAGACUGCGGCUCCCGGAGGCAAAAGUUGAGGCCAGACCUGUUCAGAAUGAUGCCUGCCCCACUACCUCCCGACUGUCUGUGAGGUUCCCCCUAGAAGGCUGCGGGGCCAAUGGCCCCGUAGUGAAAAACAGAGAAGUUUCUAGACAUUCGUUGAGAGCAGGCGCUUGCCUGGAGACGACAACGGUGGUGGGCAGGCAAAGCCACCGAAACCUGAAGCAAUGAGCUCGCCAGGGAUGGUCCUGUUCUACUUCAUGCUUAUUGGAAUGUGUUCUUCGGAAGCUAUGCUGAGCACCCCGGCAGAGUCUAUUGUUCAUCCUUCCAUUCUCCGAGAACAUGAACUAGCAGGGGAAGAGCUACUGAGGCCAAAAAGAGCAGUUGCAGUGGGUGGUCCUGUGGCGGAAGAAUACACGGUGGAUAUUGAGAUCAGUUUUGAAAAUGUCUCCUUCCUGGAGUCCAUCAGAGCUCACUUGAACAGCCUCAGUUUUCCAAUUCAAGGGAACGGCACUGACAUUUUGAGCAUAGCAAUGACUACAGUGUGCACACCUGCUGGAAAUGACCUCUUGUGCUUCUGCGAGAAAGGCUACCAGUGGCCCGAGGAAAGGUGUCUCCAUUCUCUCCCUUGUCAAGAGUAUGACAGUGCCCUGCCAAGCAGCUACUGUAGUUGUCUGAAAGGACUUCCUCCCCAGGGACCUUUCUGCCAGCUCCCAGAAGCAUACAUUACCUUAAAAAUCAAAGUCAGACUGAACAUCGGAUUUCAAGAAGACCUAAAGAACACGUCCUCUGCCCUCUAUAGGUCCUACAAGACUGAUCUGGAAAGAGCGUUCCGAGCGGGUUAUAAAACUCUACCAGGAUUCAGAUCGGUGACUGUGACACAGUUCACCAAGGGCAGCGUGGUUGUGAAGUACAUAGUCCAAGUUACAUCAGCACCACCGCCUGGAUCAAUUCAUAAAGCCAAUGAGCAAGUCAUACAGAACCUCAACCAGACUUACAGAAUGGACUACAGCUCCUUCCAAGGAACGCCGAGCAAUGAAACGAAGUUCACUGUCAUACCAGAGUUCAUCUUUGAAGGAGACAAUGUAACCCUGGAGUGUGAAACUGAAUUUGUGACCUCCAACACAUCUUGGUACUAUGGAGACAAACGCUCUGACAUCCAGAACAGUGACAAAUUCUCCAUUCACACUGAAGUCAUCAACAAUAUGAGUCUGAUCACCCGCCUUACCAUUUACAACUUCACACAACACGAUGCAGGCAUGUAUGGUUGCAAUGUGACAUUGGAUAUUUUUGAAUAUGGAACAGUCAGAAAAUUAGAUGUCACUCCCAUCCGGAUUUUGGCUAAGGAAGAAAGAAAGGUGGUGUGUGAUAACAAUCCUAUAUCGUUGAACUGCUGCAGCGAGAAUAUUGCAAACUGGAGCAAAAUUGAAUGGAAACAGGAAGGGAAAAUAAGCAUCGUAGGGAACCCAGACACAGACCUGGACUCUAGCUGUAGCACUUACACGCUCAAGGCAGAUGGAACCCAGUGUCCCAGUGGGUCUUCCGGAACAACAGUCAUCUACACAUGUGAGUUCGUCAGUGUGUACGGAGCCAAAGGCAGUAAGAACAUAGCUGUGACCUUCACCUCUGUAGGAGAUAAUUCCAGCUACAAAGGGGAAGUGCCCGAGGUCCUAAGGCAUGUGAUGGAAGUGAGUACAGUUCAGAGCACCACCGGGAACAGCCUAGAAACAAGUAAAAGCCAGGAGCGGCAAGCCAACCUAACAAUAACCCCGGACCCAAUUUCUGUUUCUGAGGGACAAAGCUUUUCUAUAACAUGCCUCAGCGAUGUGAGUAGCUUUGAUGAGGUGUACUGGAACACUUCCGCUGGUAUUAAAAUCCACCCAAGGUUUUAUACCAUGAGGAGGUAUCAGGAUGGAGCAGAGUCGGUGCUGACGGUGAAGACCUCCACCCGAGAGUGGAAUGGAACCUACCACUGCAUAUUUAGAUAUAAGAAUUCAUACAGCAUCGCCACCAAAGAUGUCACCGUUCACCCGCUGCCUCUGGCGUCAGACAUCAUGAUGGAUCCUUUGGAAGCCAGUGGUCUGUGUACCAGUUCCCAUCAAUUCAAGUGCUGCGUAGAAGAGGAUGCAGGGGAGAAGUACGCUGUGACUUUCCACGUGGACUCCUCAUCCUUUCCCGCGGAAAGAGAAGUUAUCGGCAAGCAAGCGUGCUACAAGUACAGUCUCCCAGCAAACUUGCUUUCCUGGUGUCCCAAAGACAUUGCAGUGUUCUGCCACUUUACCAAUGCAGCCAACAGCUCGGUCCGGAGCCCAUCUAUGAAGCUUACCCUUGUUCCAAGGGAGAAUAUCACAUGCCGGGAUCCCAUCAUAGGUAUCGGAGAGCCUGGGAAAGUCAUCCAGAAGCUGUGCCAGUUCUCAGGUGUUUCUGGAAGCCCUGGACAGACCAUCGGUGGGACCGUCACUUACAAAUGUGUGGGCUCCCAGUGGAAGGAGGAGUCAAGGGCCUGCAUCUCAGCUCCAAUCAAUGGUUUGCUCCAGUUGGCCAAGGCUUUGAUCAAGAGUCCCUCCCAGGACCAGAAGCUCCCUUCAUACCUGAGGGACCUCUCUGUCAGUGCUGGGAAGGAAGAGCAGGACAUCCGCUCGUCUCCGGGGAGCCUGGGAGCCAUCAUCAGCAUCCUUGAUUUGCUCUCAACAGUUCCCACCCAAGUGAAUUCAGAAAUGAUGAUGGACAUACUUGCUACUGUUAAUGUCAUCUUAGACAAGUCCACCUUGAACUCCUGGGAGAAGUUACUACAGCAACAGAGUAACCAGAGCUCUCAGUUCCUACACUCUGUGGAAAGGUUUUCCCAAGCACUCCAGCUGGGAGACAGCACUCCCCCCUUUCUCGUCCACCCUAACGUUCAGAUGAAGAGCAUGGUGAUAAAACGUGGCCACCCUCAAAUCUACCAACAGAAGUUUAUCUUCACAGACUCUGACCUGUGGGGUGAUGUAGCCAUUGACGAGUGUCAGCUGGGAAACUUGCAGCCUGAUUCAUCGAUCGUUACUGUGGCUUUCCCGACGCUCAAAGCCAUCCUUGCCCAGGAUGUACAGAGAAAGGCGUCCUCCAACAGCUUAGUAAUGACAACCACUGUCAGCCAUGAUAUCGUCAAGCCAUUUAGGAUUUCUAUGACUUUUAAGAACAAUCAUCGUUCAGGUGGCAAGCCACAGUGUGUCUUCUGGAACUUCAGCCUUGCCAACAAUACAGGGGGCUGGGACAGCAGUGGGUGCACUGUGGAAGAUGACGGUAGGGACAGUAGGGACAGGGUCUUCUGCAAGUGUAACCAUCUGACGUCAUUCUCCAUCCUCAUGUCCCCAGACUCCCCAGAUCCAGGAUCUCUUUUAAAAAUACUUCUGGAUAUCAUUUCUUACAUUGGGUUGGGGUUUUCCAUAGUCAGCUUAGCUGCCUGUCUGGUUGUGGAAGCCAUGGUAUGGAAAUCAGUGACCAAGAACCGAACUUCCUAUAUGCGUCACAUCUGCAUCGUCAACAUUGCCUUUUGCCUUCUGAUCGCUGACAUCUGGUUCAUUGUGGCCGGCGCGAUCCACGAUGGUCACUACCCACUCAAUGAAACGGCCUGUGUGGCUGCGACAUUCUUCAUUCACUUCUUCUACCUCAGCGUCUUCUUCUGGAUGCUAACUCUGGGCCUCAUGCUCUUCUACCGGCUGAUUUUCAUUCUACACGACGCAAGCAAGUCCACCCAGAAAGCCUUCGCCUUUUCUCUAGGCUACGGCUGUCCUCUCGUCAUCUCAUCUAUCACGGUGGGGGUUACGCAGCCACAGGAGGUCUACAUGAGGAAAAACGCGUGUUGGCUCAACUGGGAGGACACCAGAGCGCUGCUGGCUUUCGCCAUCCCGGCCUUGAUUAUCGUGGUGGUGAACGUGAGCAUCACAGUCGUGGUCAUCACCAAGAUCCUGAGGCCCUCCAUCGGAGACAAGCCAGGCAAGCAAGAGAAGAGCAGCUUGUUCCAGAUCAGCAAGAGCAUCGGGGUCCUCACGCCACUCUUGGGGCUCACUUGGGGUUUCGGUCUUGCCACGGUGAUCCAGGGGAGCAAUGCUGUGUUCCACAUCAUAUUUACCCUCCUCAAUGCCUUCCAGGGCCUCUUCAUUUUGCUCUUCGGCUGCCUCUGGGAUCAGAAGGUGCAGGAAGCUUUGCUGCAUAAGUUUUCAUUGUCAAGGUGGUCUUCUCAACACUCAAAGUCAACAUCCAUAGGUUCCUCGACACCUGUCUUUUCGAUGAGUUCUCCGAUAUCCCGAAGAUUUAACAAUCUUUUUGGUAAAACAGGAACAUAUAAUGUGUCCACUCCAGAGACAACCAGCUCAUCCCUGGAAAAUUCCUCUAGUGCUUACUCACUGCUCAACUAGGACCAGACAAAGCCAAAUCCACAGGACUCUCAGAAACAGGGUCUGCAGCAAGAAAAGGGACCCAGCCAAAUCUAUGGGUAAAGUGUUCUCUCUGUAGACUUCUGGGAGCAGCUGCUGAAGAGACUCUUUCAAUAGAGAAGAUGUUUUCAUUUGUAAAGACAGACUAAAAGCAACGGCCAUGUUUAUUUUUGCUCCCAGCCCUAUCCCUCUUGUAAUGCCAAAUAUGUAUAGUAUUUAAAAGACCCCUCCCCACAAGGCUCAAUUUUUCUCUAUGUAUUGUAAAAUAGAAUUUUGAGGAGAGUUACACACACACACACACACACACACACACACACACACACACUAUUGACUACAAAGAUAAGAGCUGACUGAAACAGUAAGUAAAAGACAGGAGUUCAGUGACUUCAAGGAAGGAAAGAAGGAGGGGAUGAUGGAGGGAAGGAGGAGGCAGGGUGAUAGAAUGGAAGAAAGUAAUGAAGGAAGGAAGAAGGAAGGAAGGAAAGAAGGAAGGAAGUGGAGAAUAAUGUAGAAAACAUUGAAGAGCACAUAUUAAGGUUUCCACAAUUGUGACCUAAUGUGGCCACUCAUCUACCACAGCCCUGAGAAUGAAAAUAGAUGGCUCAAAAACAGAAAAUGAAAUGAAGCCAUCAGGGGAGGUACUUAGUAACUUCCUGAUCUUUCCCUGGCUAAAAGGAUAAAAGACAGAGGAAGGAAAGUAGAAAAGAAAGUAGGAAGGAAAGAUCACCGUGAGAAUACUUCUGGCUGGCUAAUGCUAUUUUCAAGCAAUGCACCCAAGGAGACACAGUUCUCAUGACAAGGACACGUAUGAACCUUUGUAUGUCAAGGUGUGCCCAAAGCAGUGUGAACACGCAGAGCGCAUAUGACAGCCCCUCUGUAAGAUUCAAGAAAGGUUCAUUUCUCAUGAUCUGUCAGAUAAGCAUUGUAUGCCAAUGUGUUCAGCAUUUUGAAAGCCAUGCAUCGUAUGUAUAUAUUUUAUCCCAUAAUUGACAAACUUGAUCUACUGCACUGAGCUCAGAGUCCCACGUCUGUCUUACGCGUAACAGCUUUAAGCAGGUACUCUCCGUGCAUUGUAGAGUAGAUUUAAUAAUUGUGUAGCAUGUACAUUUUCAUUUUGCCUUUGUGACUUCAUUGUGACCGUGGUGAUGACAGCCCUUGGUGUGCUGUCUGUAUUGCUAUGUUCUAUUCAUUCCCAGCCUUCUAAGUUCCCAGGCCAAUAUACACUCAGAGUUUC